AUGUCUUCUAUCAAAAAUUAUUUACCAAAAUAUACUUAUAAAAGAAAUCCUAAAAUCAGUAAUAAGGCAGCAAAUAAACAAAAUGAAUUAAUGCGACUCAAUGAUGAAAAACUAAAUGAUGAUGCCACAUCCAUCACUAAUAAAAACACGGUUACUUCAUCCGAUUUCACUGAAAAACAAAAUCAAGGUGUGAUAUCAUCAUUUGUUAUUGGACAUAUCAUUAGCGAAAAUGAAUUAGCUUUAGCAUCUCCAUAUUCAUAUAGAGAAUUAAAUGAUGUAUUUGAUGAGUUUUUAGAAUUACAGAAACAGAGUAAUAAAGUAUUCGGAAAAUCUAGUAUCAAGAAAUCCGAAAAGAAUUCUGAUAUAAAGAAGAAUAAUCAGAAUAAAAAUGUGAAUAAUAACGGAAGAGAAAACAGUAAAAAACGUGAUGGUGGUGUUGGUGGAAACAGUGAAAGAAAUCAAAGAGAAAUUGCUAAAAGAGCAUUGAAAUCAAAACCGACUAACAAUAUUAACGCUGAAAAAUCUGAAAAGAUUUCAACAGAUAAAAAUCGUAUUCAAAGAAAUGUAUUGAAGAAUAAUGAUGAGUUUAAUAACAAAAUUGAUAAAAAAAUUGGAAAUCGAAGGAUUGAUAUUGUUAACCAAGAUGAUAUAAACUUUGAAAAAUAUAAUAAUGAGUUUGAAGAUUGGCACAAUAUGUAUCCUAUAUUGACUUCAACUCCUAAUUCUAGUAUCAAUUUCGAAACAAAUACUAUUACCAAAUUCCAUAAUAAUUCAAAUGUAGAGGAUGAUGACAUGGGAGAUAUUCUCCCAGAUUCUUAUUCUUUUCCUAAAAAUGGUGGAAGAAAUUCACCAAAAGAGAAUCUAUCAACUUUUAAACAUGAUCAAUUACAACAAUCGCAACUCUUCAAUGCAGUUCCAAAAACAAAUGGUAAAGAGGAAAAAGAAAUUCGGUAUCCAUCACAAGAUACGAAUACGGAACUUUCAUUACAAUCAUAUGCAGAAAGAGAUGAAAUACGAAGAUUCGUGUUCAAGCAAUUGUCCGAUGAUGAUAACGAAUUGGAAGGCUUUUAUGAUUUCAAAUCAGGAAAUUAUAAGAAAGACUAA